CACCAGCAUCUCCAGAGCCUUCUCAGCCCUCGUCAUCACCCCAGCCCAGGAUGUACCGGCGUACCAUCGAGGAGGACGCUUCCUCGAUUGCCGAGGGGAUUCGCAAACAUUUGUAUCCGGAAUCGGACCGAGAGCCUCUGAUCCACAUACUAGAGAAGAUUAGGCGGUUGGCUCGAGAACUACCACUGGCCUCGGCUGGAGCCUUCACAGCGGAGGCAGACAGACUUAGUGAUCUUGAGCGAGAUGUUUGCAAGACCGAAUAUGGCAGGACUCGUCCCGCUCCCUAGGACAGCAUGCGAUUAUCCCCGGCUCCUGCGCCUUCGCGAGGGGGAGGCGGCAUACUUGAGCACCUGAGGAAAGCAGCCCCUGGGCAGAGCGUCAGCGAGCUCGUCGAUCCGCCGCCACCGUCAUUCCUCCGGUCACCACGUCUGGACCUGCCAUACGAGCCAUUCGAGCCAGCGUUCCUUGCGAGCCUGAGCAAGGACCUCGACAAGGGAUUCCCUCAGGUCCCACCGCCAUCGAGGGCUGUACCGCACCCGUUCGCGACGCACGACGUUGCUGAAGACGACUGGCAGCGGUUCCUGCAUGAUGUCAAGGUGGCAGGCUCGCUUUCGCCCGCGAACCGCAUAGCAGCCGCGGUUGCACCGAUAUCUAUGCAUGCUGGGCUGACGGGCAUGCUGGUGACGAAAGGAAUCGAGCAUGUAAUGAGGAACAAGAAGACUGGCGCUGUGGGCGAGUUGAUCGAUCUGUGGAACGUGUAUUUCUUCUAUCCGCGGCGGAUGACCGUCGUCCUUGCGAAGGGUUCACGAAAGGCUCGCAAGGGAAAGAAGAAGGAUGAUGAGAAGUGGCGAUUGAUCAUUGCUUACCAGCCCGACGGCGGGUUCUGA